CGUCGGAGAAACCGCACGGAGUCGAACAUCAACCGCGCGCGAGUCGACCGCCUUCGACGACGACUCGACCUUACUUAACAUUAACCUAAACACCACAACUUCCGUGUUCGCUUUCGCUCCGUAAACAAUCCGCGCGUACCUACGGUUCGUGUUUCAAAAACAUCUAAAGCCAUCGACGAAGACACCAGAAUAUAUCGCUGGAAAUUUUGAGAUGUUCAGCCGAAAUUAAGAGAGUUUAAUCGUGCAAGAUGGCCGCAUGGAAUAAUCCGCCCAAAUUAGGGCUCAUAUUCUGUAUGCUGGCGUGCAUCUCGACCUGCUUCAGUGACCCAGAGGUGUACUAUGAGAAGCAACGCUACGAUGGCUGGUUCAACAACAGAGCUUAUCCUGAGUGGGGCUCAGUGGGAAGUCGACUCACAAGGAAGACUCCAGCAUCGUAUGCAGAUGGUGUAUACAUGAUGGCGGGGGUAGACCGGCCUGGUGCCAGGACUCUAUCAAAACUUUUUAUGAGAGGACAGGAUGGCCUUCCUUCACUGGCGAAUAGGACUGCCUUACUUGCUUUCUUCGGUCAGGUUGUGACCGGUGAAAUUGUGAUGGCAUCUGAGUCAGGCUGUCCCAUCGAGCAACAUCGGAUUCCGGUUGACCAAUGUGACCACAUGUACGACCCGGAAUGCCGUGGAGCUAUGUACAUGCCGUUCCACAGAGCUGCUUACGACAGAUCAACUGGACAAAGUCCUAACAGUCCACGAGAACAGAUAAACCAAAUAACAUCGUGGAUUGACGGCAGCUUCGUGUACAGCACAAGCGAGGCGUGGGUGAAUGCAAUGAGGUCAUUUCAGAAUGGAAGCUUGGCAAGUGAGGGAGGGCUGCCUAUGCGCAACACUAAACGUGUACCGCUGUUCAAUAAUCCUGUCCCUCAUUAUAUGAGAAUGCUUAGUCCAGAACGACUCUUCCUGUUGGGAGACCCGCGAACCAACCAGAACCCAGCGAUGGUAACUUUCGGUAUCUUAUUGAUGCGUUGGCACAAUGUGGUGGCAGCGCGUAUUCAUCGACAGCACCCAGACUGGAGUGAUGAACAGUUGUUCCAGAGAGCACGUCGAAUUGUCGUCGCUAGUUUACAGAAUAUUAUCCUUUACGAAUACGUGCCAGCGUUUCUUGGGGUCCCCAUCCCGCCAUACGGAGGUUAUCGUGCAGAAGUGGCACCCGGUAUAACACACGCCUUCGCAGUAGCCGCGUUUCGCUUCGGGCACACAUUGGUACCGCCAGCCAUGCUAUUGAGAGACAGAAACUGCAGAUACGGUAGAGCACCCGGUGGGCAUGACGCAAUAAGAUUAUGCCAAACAUGGUGGGAUGGCAAUGAUGUUAUGUCACAAGUGCCUAUAGAAGAAGUGCUUAUGGGAAUGGCAUCUCAACUUUCGGAACGGGAGGAUGCACUGCUUUGCUCAGACGUUAGAGACAACCUUUUCGGGCCCAUGGAGUUCUCGAGGCGUGAUCUCGGUGCUCUAAAUAUCAUGCGUGGUAGAGAUAACGGCUUACCUGAUUAUAACACGGCCAGAGAAUACUUUGGCUUAUCAAAAAUCAAAACAUUUAACGAAAUCAAUCCAGAAUUAUUUGAAAAUAAUCCUGAUCUACUACAAAAUCUCAUUCAAAUUUACGAAGGCAGACUUGACAAUAUCGAUGUUUAUAUUGGUGGAAUGCUCGAGUCAUCUGGACAUCCCGGGGAAUUGUUUAGAGCAAUCAUUAUGGAUCAAUUCAUAAGAAUACGUGACGCUGAUAGAUUUUGGUUUGAAAAUGAAGGAAAUGAAGUUUUUACACGUCAGGAAAUUGAGGAACUUCGGCGUAUCAGAUUGUGGGAUAUUAUAGUGAACAGCACAGCAGUGGGACCUAGUGACAUACAACGAGACGUUUUCCACUGGAGUGAAGGAGAUCCCUGUAGGCAGCCUUAUCAGCUCAACGCGUCUAAACUUCCACCUUGUAAAUAUUUGAAAGGAUACGACUAUUUUGAGGGUAACGAGUUUGCGUACAUCUAUACUUGUUUAAUUCUUGCAUUUGUACCAAUAUUAUGCGCGGGCGCAGGUUAUGGUGUUGUAAAACUGCAAAACAGUCGGCGACGCCGCCUCAAGAUACAACAGGAGCAUUUGAAAAAUGCUGAACAAAAAGGUUCAGUGGAUAAAAUGGUGUGCCGUGAAUGGGUACAUGCUUCACAUAAAAGGCUGGUGAAGCUCCGUCUUGGCCCAGAAUCUGCUAUCCACGUAACCGACCGCAAAGGGGAUAAGUUACGCACAGUACCUUUAGAGCAUACUGAUCAACUUACUGUUUUGGAAAGUCAGGAAGGACGGACUAACAAACGGCCACUCGUUCUUAUAAGAGUACAACGUGAACAUGAUCUCGUUUUAGAGAUGGACUCAGUUUCAUCGCGACGCAAGCUACUCGUCAAACUAGAUACAUUUCUUGCACAACAUAAAAAGGCUCUGAAUCUUACCCAAGGUCACCGAGAUCAAAUAUUAGCAUCAGCAGAAACAAGAGAACGGCGACAGCGCAAAUUGGAACAUUUCUUUCGAGAAGCUUAUGCUAUUACUUUUGGUCUUGCACCCGGUGAAAAGCGAAGAAGGAAGGAAGAUUCCGAUCCCGAGUCUAUUGUUAUGAGGACAUCGCUAUCGAAGAGUGAGUUUGCAAGCGCUCUUGGAAUGAAAGCAGAUGCAGUUUUUGUCAAGAAAAUGUUCAAUAUUGUCGACAAGGACAGCGAUGGAAGAAUAUCAUUUCAGGAAUUUCUAGAUACCGUCGUAUUAUUUUCCCGAGGUGCAACUGACGACAAACUUAGGAUUAUUUUUGACAUGUGCGAUAAUGAUAGAAACGGAGUUAUUGACAAGGGAGAGUUAAGCGAGAUGCUGCGUUCCUUAGUUGAAAUAGCAAGAACAACAUCAUUGAGAGAUGAACAUGUCACAGAACUAAUAGAUGGCAUGUUUUCUGACGCUGGUCUUCAACAUAAAGAUCACCUCACUUAUUCAGACUUUAAACUGAUGAUGAAAGAAUAUAAAGGAGAAUUUGUCGCUAUUGGUCUAGACUGUAAAGGUGCCAAACAAAACUUUUUAGAUACGUCAACCAAUGUCGCGCGAAUGACCAGUUUUCAUAUCGAACCAUCGAUGGAGCAAUCAAGACAUUGGUUCUUACUGAAAUGGGAUUAUUUAACAACAUUUUUAGAAGAAAACAGGCAAAAUAUAUUCUAUCUGUUUAUUUUCUAUGUGGUCACUAUUGGGCUGUUCGUGGAAAGAUUCGCACACUAUUCCUUCAUGUCAGAACAUUUGGACUUAAGGCAUAUCAUGGGUGUCGGUAUAGCUAUUACUAGAGGAUCAGCUGCAUCAUUGUCUUUUUGCUAUAGUCUCUUACUACUUACUAUGUCAAGAAAUUUGCUAACUAAGUUAAAGGAAUUCAGCAUCCAGCAAUACAUCCCACUAGAUUCGAGCAUUCAAUUUCAUAAGAUAGUAGCCUGCACAGCACUGUUCUUUUCGUUGCUUCAUACGGCAGGUCACAUGGUUAACUUCUACCACGUUUCCACUCAACCUGUCGAGAACCUACGUUGUUUAACUAAGGAAGUUCAUUUCACUUCGGACUUCAGACCAGGAAUUACAUAUUGGGUUUUCCAAACAGUAACAGGUGUUACCGGUGUUUUACUGUUCAUUAUAAUGUGCAUUAUAUUUAUAUUCGCGCACCCAGUGAUACGCAAACGAGCGUAUCCAUGGUUUUGGCGAGCACAUUCUUUGCACGUGGCUUUGUAUGCUUUGUGCCUCGUUCAUGGACUCGCAAGACUCACCGGUGCACCGAGGUUCUGGAUUUUCUUUCUAGGUCCAGCAAUCAUUUACACUCUUGAUAAGGUGGUGUCUUUACGUACCAAAUAUUUGGCAUUGGACGUACUGGAAACAGAGAUGCUGCCAUCGGAUGUCAUAAAAAUCAAAUUCUACAGGCCACCCAAUCUUAAGUAUUUAUCAGGUCAAUGGGUUCGAUUAGCUUGUACAGCAUUUAAAAAAGAAGAGUUCCACUCUUUUACACUUACGUCAGCGCCUCACGAGAAUUUCCUUUCGUGUCACAUUAAAGCACAAGGACCUUGGACUUGGAAACUAAGAAAUUAUUUUGACCCUUGCAACUAUAACCCAGAAACUCAGCCUAAAAUUCGAAUUCAAGGUCCAUUUGGAGGAGGAAAUCAAGAUUGGUACAAAUUCGAAGUGGCGGUGAUGGUUGGUGGUGGCAUUGGAGUCACACCGUAUGCUUCUAUAUUAAACGAUCUAGUCUUUGGAACUUCUACAAAUCGAUAUUCUGGAGUGGCUUGUAAGAAGGUUUAUUUCCUAUGGAUUUGUCCGUCACACAAGCAUUUCGAAUGGUUUAUCGAUGUCCUACGCGAUGUGGAGCGAAAGGAUGUCACGAAUGUUCUCGAAAUACAUAUAUUUAUCACGCAAUUCUUUCACAAGUUCGACCUUAGGACUACAAUGUUGUAUAUCUGCGAGAAUCAUUUCCAAAGAUUAUCACGCACAUCCAUGUUCACUGGGCUGAAGGCGGUAAAUCAUUUCGGCAGGCCUGAUAUGUCGUCAUUUCUUAAGUUUGUCCAGAAGAAGCAUAGUUAUGUAUCCAAAAUUGGCGUAUUCUCUUGUGGUCCGCGGCCACUCACAAAAUCCGUCAUGUCUGCGUGCGAACAAGUAAACCGCACUAGACGUUUACCAUACUUCAUACAUCACUUCGAAAACUUUGGAUAAAUGCUGUUUUUAUAUAUAAGUUAUUUAAGGCAAUUGUUAUCAUCGGAGAUCGUUUGUUGCUAUUAUACUAUUAAGUGUUUAUUGAAUAUUGAGUUGCAUGGCUUGAAGAC